AUGCUCCUUGCAGAACACAAUUCGGACGCUUCCGAGGAGCAGCCCAUCGUGACCUCCAGUGUCAAGAGCAAAAACACGCAGAGCAGCAGUGGCUGCAUGACCAACGUGGAUUCUGUCUCGACGAGUGGUGACGCCCGCGACUACGACAAGCCAUUCCGACGCGUGCAUGACGACUCCGUGUUCGACGAGAACGACGCCUCCUGUGACGGUGGGUUGUACAUGGAGGACUGCAUGAACUUCGUCAUCGCCACUGAUGGCAACGACGACGAUGCGUCCCCUGCGAUGAUGGCUGCGAUGUCGUUGUCCGACCCUGCAUCCACAGAGAUCAAUAUCCUCGGCACCCCAACUCCAGGGCGACGGAGAAGAGUGGCUGAUGACGUGCCUUCCGCCUUGCAAAGGCCGCAAGACUAUACCCUCCCCUUCGGAUACGGGGGCACGAACUCUGAUGCCCUCUUUUCGUAUACAAACUGGCAGCGCCAUGAAGGCAAUGGCAGCACUAAUGGAGACCUGUCACCUGCCGCUUCCUCCUCGGUGGGGCCUGCAGCAGACAGCAAUUUGCAGCAAAGCCAACAUCAACCGCAGGUUGGCGGGCUACCAGAAGAAUCCACCACAGAAAACUCCGGCAUGUGCCCGCAAACAAAGCAGCCAUUGGAUGAUGAAGUGCGUAGUAACCUGUUUAUCUCCGGCCUUCAUCCCAGUGUGACGGAUAGUGAACUGCACGGACUUUUCAGCCCUUACGGUACAAUAGAGUCUGCUAAAGUCAUGCUCGACAUCCACACAGGGAAGAGUCGUGGCAUUGCCUUUGUUAAGUUUGCCGACGUCGCCAGUGCCGAAAAGGCUCUGGAGGCUCUGAACAACUCACUUCAUCUUGGUGAAACACUCGCCGUUCGCGUGGCAAAGCCGCACGCCGCUUACCGCCCUGGCGCGCCCACCAACAAGACAUUCGUGCGAAACGUUCCGCUCGGUGUGAAGAAGUCGGACCUCGCUCAGCACUUCGGGAGGUACGGCGACGUGGUGGACGUCUCCAUUCACAGCGACACGGCGCAGCGGGUGUUGAACAAGCGGCGAAAUGUGGCUUUUAUCACUUACACCACCAAGGAGGCGGCAGCGAAGGCGGCGCAGGAGACACACACAACGACACCGUUCCCCGACUGUGACGGCAUCCCGCUCCUCGCCAAGGUCGCCGAAGACUCCGCGCACCGUAUCGAGCGCCUCGCCCGCCGCGGCGCCUGCCGCCACGCCAAUGGCAGUCUUAAGAACAGCAUCAGCAGCGCCAGCGCCUGCAGCUCACUGCAGGGUCCCCCACCAGGCUUCCCGCUCGCUGCGGUAUCACAGAAGGGGAUGGAGCAGUUCGCGUCGGCUAGUGCACCGUCGUACCCGUUCGCGCCGUCGUUAUCGCAGCCUAUCCUCACUGAUCCUUUUGGCACGAGUGCGUCGGCACCGGCGUUCUACACAGCCCCGUUUUUCCCAAUGCCGCCAGCCGCCGGCAGCGGCAGUGCGCCGUUCUUCUUUGUCGGCUCCGACUCUAAUUCCGCCAUCUUUGCGCCGCCAGUCGCCGCACCUUUUGGCGGGGCAAUGCGGACGACCAACAAGUCAGCGGAGAAUGUCUGCAGCAAUAACAACAAUGCAUCGUCGGCUUCAUCGCCACCACCGCCGCCGAUGGUGAUGUACGCCCCGGGCCACCCCGCAAUGAUGGCGCCGCAGCCGGCCGUCAUGUACUAUUUGCCCAAUGGUACUAUGGCGAUGGCCGCCGCACACCCACAGCCCAGCAAGUAA